AUUGCGUAGCAUAAAAGCAUCAUUUCUCUGCAUUGUGCGUCAUUGUAAUCGGUCGGAAGUGCUUAAAAUUUGUUCAUAAAUUGCCCAGCUUAGUCGAAACGAACACAGUCUGUGGCAGCAAACAUGACGAAAGUGGAAAUCCCGCUCAAGAACAAAUCAGACCCAUCGGAAACGUUUAUUCAAAACGAGAAGGACGUUGAGGUGCGGGUACGGGCACCAAAAAAGGUGUUGCAUUUUAGCGAUGGCACGUUGGAAGAGUUUAGCGACGAUGAGGAGGAUCAGGUCGAUAAACCGGACCCAAUCACGGUGGAUGAGUCUAAACUGAACUGGGGCGAAUGGAUGCGUUACAAGACGUGCAAGCUGGGAAACACCGUGCUGGCCGGAUGUGAUUAUGUCGGCGAAGGGCUCGCUUCGUUCCUGGGCAUUACAACACCGAAGUACAGCUACGAGAUCGAAGAAUUCAAACGGAUGCAAGCGGAACAGCAGGCUGAAGAUCGCGCAAUCCAAACGUUCGUCGAGCAAAGCCGUCCUCAGCAUACGAGCCACAGUGUGUCACAAGCACCAUCCGCCACUAGCUCGACGGCAAUGGCAAACCCAAAGAACACCAAAGACAGUAGUGAAGUAUGUGUGGAAAACGAAAUUCAAAAAUUCUGAAGCAAGGUCUUAUGUAUGACAUUAUUUGGCAGCAUUUCUUUGAUAAGGCAUCAGUAAAAGGCACUUCCCGGUUUGUUGUGCAAACGACCAGUUGAUAUAAUGAUUGUAUUAUAGAACGGAAAAUGUAAGUUUAAUAAUUUAAAACGCAUGGAAGUACGAAGCACAAUGCUUUUGAGGGUGAAAUAUUUAUCGAAUCAGGAUUGUUUUAUGGUUUAGAGAACUGAAUAUUUAAAUACUAAGUGAGUUAAGGAUUGCAUUUGGAUAAUGAGAAAGAUCUCCUCAGCGGAUCAUCAGUAAAAACGGAACGUUAAUUACACUAAUAUGACGAUGUAGUUGCGGUUUCAUAAAAAAAUACCUUAUAACGAAGCGAUUGAGCUUUAUAAAUAUUUUAAAUACCGUAACCUUACCAGAGAUUUUACAUACAUAUUUAAUGAACUUACCAUCAUUCGCGAGGAAUACAAAAUGGCAUAAUGUACAAACAUCACAUUUAAUGCAAUAGAGAAAU